AAUUGCUGCUAUUGUAAGACAGACAGAAAGGAGACAAAUAAACAAAAAAAUAGGAAAAUAAAAAGUGAUUUCAUAUUCAUGAUUUGGUAGAGCUGCGGAUUAUUUAAAUUACAUUGCCAUGCAGUAACAAUUAGACUUCUGGAAAACGAUUUUCAAGGUAACUACUUGCCACGAUCUACCAGUUCUCAAAAAUGCCAAGUACUGUGCUUUAUGCGAUUAAUAAUGAAGGACGAGUUUAUACUUUAUCCACGUAUUCUUCAGCAUGGCGAGAAUUUCAAUAUCUAGGUUUCGAAUUUAAAAAAGUAUCAGCCAUCCAUAAUUUUAUGUGGGCAAUAGGUGGUGAUCGACAAGUAUACGUUCAUGUUCAUGGUUUAGAUGUACCAAUACGUGUCAAAGAAGAAAGUUAUGAAAAUGAAAGGUGGUUCCCUAUCGAAGGAUUUUCAAAGAAGUUAUUACCAACCGAUCGAUAUAAAUUUUCUUCUAUUGAUGGAACUACUGAUCGUAAUUUUGACAAAAUUAGAUUACCAUCAAUGGCAUGGCAGUGGGAAGGUGAUUGGCAGUUAGAUCUUAAUUUAGAUGGUCAAUCUCUUGACCAUGAUGGUUGGACUUAUGCCUUAGAUUUUCCUGCUACUUAUCAAACUAAAAAAGCAUGGAAUACAUACGUUAGAAGACGUAAGUGGGUAAGAUUCAGACGAUAUGUUGCUUUAAAUUCAUGGUGUGCAGUUGCACCUUUGCACAAAGACCCUACUGAAGAACCUUUUAUGGAUGUUGCUGUUGGUGGAAAAAAUAUACCAGCUGCACCUACAGGAACUUUAGUUGUAUGGGCAGUAACAUCGCACGGCAGAGUUAUGUUUCGUUCAGGGGUCAGUACUACAUCACCUGAAGGCUUAAGAUGGACUGCAAUAAGUACACAACCAGGAAAUGAUGUAGUUCAAAUUAGUGUAGGCGCAACUGGCUUAGUUUGGGCAACUUUAGCAAAUGGUCGAGCUUUAGUUCGUUCUGGUGUAUCCAAAGACAGACUGCAUGGAGAAAGCUGGUUAGAAGUCAAACCACCGGGAAAUGGACUUAAAAUUAUUCAGCUAUCGGUAGGUACAGAUUCAGUUUGGUGUGUUACUAAUGAUCAACAUGUUUGGUUCCGACGUGGAGUUAAAGGUGAAGCAGCCAGUAUAAGUGAAGAUGCUGCUAUUGGUAACAACUGGGUUGAAAUGGUUGGUAAUAUAUCAAUGGUGUCGGUGGCUCAUAAUGAUCAAGUUUUAGCAAUAGGCUCUGAAGAUAGGGCAUUAUAUUUUCGUUCAGGCGUAAGUAAAUCGGAUUUAACUGGAAAAAAAUGGCGUUUAAUUCAAUGUCCUAUGCAAAUGAGCCGUACUUCAUCUACUGUUAGUCUUUUAUCAAGAAAGAGUGGCAGUGCUUCAUCAGGUUCCAAACCUGGAAGUUUAUGUAAAUUAUUUAAAGAAAAAGCACAAGUGGAGGAGCCUCAAGUGAUUGAGGGACUUAAUAGCGCCCCAAGUGAAUUACCUGCUCAACAACGCAACAAACCAGAGUUGUGGCGAGGAGUUAGUGAAUAUUCUGCUGGAAGUUUAACGGAUCAUAAAUCCGGCAUACAUCAACCGCAUAUUCGAGAAUCUAGUCAACAUUCAUCUAGUGCACCCGCCGCAGAUGUCAAAGAUAUUUCAAAAAUGCAUUACGAAAUUAAAUUGAAAAACCCAAGAGCUUGGUCACCUGUACGAAGUGUUGGUUCAAUUGUCGGUGCCGAAGCACAUCCAGAAACUGAUUUGGCAGUAUUUGAUCCUGAAAAUUCAAGAGAUACUGAUGUUUUUGCUGACGAUGAUGUGUCAGGAUCCCAAUAUUUUACUGAAUGUGAUAUAGUCUGGAUUGGUUGUUCGGCUGGGGCAGUGGAAAUUGACCCACUAAAUCUGCCAAAUUGGUUUAAUGACCAUCUUAGUUCAGAUAAUCAGGAAGAGUUGAAAAAAGAAUGGCGGAUUAGUAUUCUUGAACGAUUAAAAACACUUUCCAAAACUGUUGAUGGUUUGAAUUUAAAACGAUGUCAAAAAGCAAUAGAAAUGUCCUCCUGGAUAAAAUCUGGAGAAGCUAGAGCACAAAAACCUGGUGGAACUUUCGAGGAAUGCCUAAUAGAAUUAGAAUGGGUUUCUUCGACGAAUAGAGAACAGGACUCUGGAACAUUCACAAUUUUAAGUCCAGAUGGUUUUACAACUAAAAUGCAAUUUUCGCUUUCAGAAAUUACAUGUGUGCAAACAUGCAGUGAGCCUGGCUCGCCAAAAAUUGCUAUUCAUGCUCCGAGGUUGCCAACUGGUUUCUCGCCUGUUAAAUUACUUUUCGCCGGUGAAUUGGAAAUGGAAGACUGGCUCUCCCAUUUAACAUCUGUGUGUUGUCAAAUUAAUGAAACUUUAGGAAAACCUUCAAACGACGCAAUUUGGGUUACUAGUAAUCUGGGUGAAAUAUUUGUAUUUGAUGCUGUUGGUCUCAAAUCGACUCAAUUUGAUACUGAAAAUAAAUGUUAUACCGAAAAAAUUGAUUUAUCAGCAACAGAGACACCAUACUACAACAUUUUGCACAACGGUAUGUCACCAGGUACCGAACUUGAAAUUAGUGGCUUUAUAUCUGAAGAUGCAGAUCAAAUCCGAUUCGAUUUACAAAGUCACCCAAAUAUAAAAUUUCGGCAUAAAGUUGAAAAGCUGAGGGUUAUUGCCAUGCAUAUUAAUCCGCGUUUUAACGAAAAGUCUAUUAUUCUCAAUUCGAUGGAGAAUUCAGAAUGGAUGACAGAAUUGCAAUAUAAAAACGUAGUAUUUUCACCGGGCAGUAGUUUUACAUUAAUAAUUCGCUCAACUAUUCAAGGAUAUAUCAUAGAAGUAAAUAAUAAACCAUUUGCAGAUUUCAAACAUCGUAUGGACCCCGAAGCUGUAACUUGUUUAUAUGUAAGCGGCCGUAUUAAACUCUUUAAUAUUUCGUACCGAAGUCCUCGUAUAAUUAUACCAGUUCGCGACAUAUUUUGGAGGCAAAUUGGUGGUCAUUUGAAAAAGGUUUAUAGUUCUAAAACAGGAGUUGUUUGGGGUAUUGGAUCUGAUAAUACGGCAUGGUACUACACUGGCGGCUGGGGUGGUCAAUUUUUAAAAGGUCUAGAGGCCUGCACUGGUAAAAUUAAUCCAAUGGCAGAUGCUUUAAAUUACUACAUAUAUGAGAACCAGAGAUGGAAUCCUUUAAGUGGAUAUACUACAACAGGUUUACCUACCGAUCGUCAUAUGUGGAGUGAUAUAACAGGACGUCAUAAACGCAGCAAAGAACACACAAAGUUGUUGUCUAUGCACUGGCAAUGGAUAUCCGAUUGGUUAGUUGAUUUUCAAACUCCAGGUGGCGUUGAUCGUGAUGGCUGGCAAUAUGCAGUUGAUUUUCCAGCAUCUUAUCAUGGUACAAAACAAUUUACUGACUAUGUAAGAAGACGCCGAUGGUUUAGGAAAUGUCGCUUGACCACAACAGGGCCCUGGCAAGAAAUAGGUAACUCAAAAAUUGUUGAUGUUUCAAUAUCAAUGUCCAAAAAUGAAGAUGAUUCUGAAGAAGUAGAUGCAUUGUUAAUGGUUUGGGCAGUUGCAACCAAUGGUGAUGUUUUAAUACGAAAAGGCGUAUCACCAUCAAACCCUGGUGGCUAUUCAUGGGAACAUGUAUCAAGUGAUCCGCCACUAAUUUCUAUAGGAAGUUUUGAAAAUAAUGUUUGGGCUGUUGGCCAGAACGGCUCCGUAUUCUAUCGUUACGGUAUAACAUCGGAUAACAUACAAGGCGAUGCGUGGCAAGUUGUUAAAAGUGCUAAUGAUUUGUCAUUUAAACAAGUUGCAAUCGGCAUUAAAGGAGUAUGGGCCGUUGAUUCAAAAGGUAAAUUAGCUGUGAGAAAAGAAAUAAACACAACAUUCCCUGAAGGUACACAUUGGCAAGUGCUACCAAAUAUAGCUGGUGAUCCACCGCAUACAGAAGGAUGUGUGGGAUUUAAAUGUGUUUCAGUUGGUGAUGAAGUUUGGGCAACAUCAUUAAGUGGAGCAAUUUGUAAAAGAUCUGGUAUUACCAAAGAUAAUCCAGCUGGAGCUGGCUGGCAUAUUGGUAUUCCAGGACAAUGGCAGCAUGUAUCUGUAGAAGGAUACGCUUAAUUAUGUUAUAAAAAAAUUAUUGAUAAGCUUAUAUAAAGGAAAGUUUUCAUGCUAUGUUCUACGUUAGAUUUUUUUUUUGUUUUUUGAUUCCACGCCAAAAAUUUUUAUUUGCCAUUUAUCAUAAACUCAAAUCAACAUUGAUAUUUAACAUUCCUAAGAUUUAUGUGUAUAUUUUAAUUUAUAUGUUUGUACCUUGUCUACAUUUUAGUAAAUAAUUUAUAACCAAAUAUAUUUAUAAGUCGUAAUGUUCUCAAAUAUUUUAAUGUACGCUCUAAAUAUUCGAGUUUGUAGAAUUAAUAAUAAUGUGUUGUAUGUUAUAACGUUCGUAUAAAAGCUGGACUGAGAAAAGAUAUUUUGAAUAUUUUAUUUAUAAAAAAGACAUUGUAAUAAUUAUAGUUUAUAAAAAAUAAAUAAUUAAGUUUCGC